CGAAGUGCUUUUACGGAUAACAAAGAGACGGAGGGACAGAAGUCAUAGAACAAAGAGUUGGUGAAGAACAAAAAAUGGUAGGAACUUCGUCUCUGCAACCGAAAAUCGUUUCUUCUUUUGUGGGUGGUCGAUUUAUUUACUCAAAUCAACCUCUCCCUCAAGUUUUCCGCUACAACUUAGGAAGGAGUCGAGUGUCAGUACAAUUACCCAGAAAGUUCUCUGGCUUAACUAACCUCUUAUUCAAUAGAAGUAAUCUAGAUGACAUUCCAAGCACAAAGCGUAAGCGACUAAGGCCUGGGAAAUUGUCUCCUUAUCGACCUGUUCCAGAUCAUAUACCAAGGCCUCCUUAUGUCAAUACUCGGCAAGCUCCGGGAAUUGCAAGUGGACCUGAAGUGCAUGAUGUGAAGGGGAUAGAAUGCAUGAGAGCUUCGGGCAGACUUGCUGCACAGGUUCUUGAAUAUGCUGGAACUUUAGUCAAGCCAGGUGUAAAAACAGAUGAAAUUGACGAAGCUGUUCACCAAAUGAUUGUAGAUAAUGGAGCCUAUCCCUCACCUCUUGGCUAUGGUGGGUUUCCAAAGAGUGUCUGCACUUCAGUGAAUGAAUGUAUUUGCCAUGGAAUACCAGAUUCCCGUGAACUUGAGGAUCGUGAUAUUAUUAAUAUUGAUGUAACAGUUUAUCUAAAUGGUUAUCAUGGUGAUACCUCUGCAACUUUCUUCUGUGGAGAUGUUGAUGAUGAAGCAAGAAAUUUGGUGAAGGUAACCAAAGAAUGCCUAGAUAAAGCAAUAUCAGUAUGUGCACCUGGAGUGGAGUACAAGAAAAUUGGCAAAACCAUUCAUGAUUAUGCAGAUAAAUACAAAUAUGGUGUUGUCAGACAGUUUGUUGGUCAUGGGGUUGGACGUGUUUUCCAUGCUGAUCCAGUUAUUUUACACUACAGGAACAAUGAUCAUGGGCGCAUGUUGCUGAAUCAAACUUUCACUAUAGAACCUAUGCUGACAAUAGGUAGCAUUAAUCCUGUUAUGUGGAAUGAUGACUGGACAGUUGUUACAGAGGACGGGAGCCUGUCAGCUCAAUUUGAGCACACCAUUCUAAUAACCCAGGACGGUGCUGAGAUUCUGACAAAAUGUUAAAUCUGGAAUUUGGACCAUGCAGAUCUGCCCAUUUGAGAAAUUCCUAUCAUUAGAUGUGUUUGAACUUUGAAAGACUCCUCCAAAUUAAAUUUUGAUGGUUGGGGAGACAUUUAUUCUUAUUCCUGCCAUUAUUUUUUAAACAUAAAACCAUCUUGUUGAUUGUUGUGCCUGUUCCUCUUAUGUACUUAUUUCCCCCCAUUUAAGCUGCUGCAGGCAGUAGUUCAAUUCAUUUUUCGGACAUUUGGCAUACAAAAAAUUGCUGGGUCCAGAAUAAUUCAUGUAAAUAUGUAAUUUAGUUUUCAUUGAUGACAAUGUACAAUAUACAAUAUAGACU